AUGGAAAGUUUGCAGCCUCACAUUGACACAGCGCGCCAGUUCGUUCUGGCGAAGCUUCCGGCGAACCGCAACACCCAGAUCUUGCUCGCCGGAACCACUCUCUCAGUAGCCGGUGCGGUGCUCUACCCUCUUGCAUACUACUGGUCGCUGGGUCGCCAAUUGAUCCUCACCCAUCCCAAUGCUUCGUCCCGCUCGGCCUCCCUGGACUGCGGCGAGAUCAGCUCCCUAGAUGAGGACAUGAUAUCGAAUCACAAAUACUACCGCAUCAGUCACGACAAAGUUACCAAGCGCAUCCCGACUUUUACCGUAACGCUCUCUCCGAAACAUGAGAGAAUGUUCACAGCCAUUCUCCGACACAGCUUCGAGCUUUUCAGUUAUCGUUCUCUCCAAGGGAUCUACCUUUACAGAGCCUUCCCCGAGGACAAACAUACAUUCACCAAGGAAUACCUCCAGGACUGCAAGUUCCAGGAAGGCGACAUUGUCUGCGGCGUGUACGAAGUCGUCAAGCGGACGCCUCUACGAUGCGAGCUGGCUAUGCGUAGCAAGAAGUCGUUUGGCCCUAUCGCUGGGUUGAUAGUGGUCAGCCUGAGACCUCGUGGCGAAGGUGCGGUGUUGACGAGUGAGACGGUACAAUGGACGAAGAAGGCCAAUGGGAUCUAUCUUCCUCUUGAGAAGUGGUGGGCGAAGUUCUUGCACAACUACAUCUCCAGGUAUACAGUCACGUCAGCGGCCAAGUACCUUGAGGAACUCGCUAGAACAGGAGACGUGUAG